GCUGUAGAAUUCCUCGGCCAAAUCGAAGAGAUUGUGUCCAAACAUCGCGACAGCAAGAUUCCUCUUGCAAAGCCGAAAAGUUAUGAGUUGAGAAUCGGGGGUCUGGAGGAAACUGUCCACGCUGGAGAUGGUGAACAGUUAGAAGUUUGGAAAGACUGCUACCUUCCAGAGAGAAUGGAGAUGGUGGUCAUUGGUGCCCUGGAUGACUUCCGCUGUUCAGCGGCAGGAUGGCAGCUGGUUCUCCUGUUAUGUGAAGAUGGCAAAGUCUACGCCUAUGAGUUUGAAGUUCUGCACCUGGUUGCCAGAAGCUUGGAGGAUCUCUUUGAAACUGGAGCUGAGUUUCCAGGACUGGAGAAAUUCAGAUUUGGAGAAUGCUUUGAGGAAUUGGUAAGACCCUGCAAUAUUACAUGAAUUUAGCAAACUUAUUAACUUAUUUUGUUUGAAGUUAAUGAACGAGGUAAUCAUGUGUUGUUAUCCUCAGCUGCAGUAGGUCUGCAUGUCAUUGGUCUGCAUGUCAUUGCUCUUGAAUAAUUCCUAAAUUGAGACAUGAUGUGUCCUUGCACUGAAUAAGCUGCCGGAUGUACAAUGUAGGCUAGUUAUUCGACGGUUUUCUUUUUUCAGUUUGAGGAAGAGAUGAAGAAAGAGAUGCAAUGUGAUGAAAUAAAGAAAAUCGAUGAUGAGCAUAUUCACUUCCGAAGAAGAUUGGCGAUUGAGAUGCUGGAGGAUCUCAAAGCAAUCAAGCAAUCUGAGGUAAUAAUUACUGUUUGAUUCAGACUGAGGGCAUGAGACACAUAACAAAACAUGACAAAAGUGUGUAUAUUGAAAUCAGUUUAAGACUAAAAUCAAUUAUCUAUGCUCGCCCCUGUGUGAACAGACCCUAAUACUGUUGUUUGUGUAUGUAAGGCUGUCAAAAUGUCCGUAAAUGCUUAUGGUAAACUUUAAGGUAAACUGAGUUUCCAUAAUCACUAUGUUGUUGAUCAUUUUCAGUCAACCAUUCAGCACAACAAAGUAAUGAAGAGCCAAGUCGAAACCGGAUCUUCCAGAGAAUUAUACACAGGCUUUUAAAAAGCUAGCCAGCUUAAGAUAGCUCACAUUCCAGCUUUGGCUUCAUCCAUACUACGAAGGUGGAUUGAUAAUGCAGCUGCCGCUAACUCAAGCAGGCUUGUAACUACUCGUGCAUGUCGCACAUGGCUAGUCGAAUGCCAAACUAUUCAUUGAGACAAUGCUGAACCAUCAAUCCACAGGGAAUCUGUGCCACAUUUUCAUUUUUGCUAAAGCAACAUGAAAGAAAAGUUAUUUAGCAAAUUCAGCAGGCAAUAGUGUGAAAUAGGCUAUUAGAAGUGCUUUUUUUCUUUUAUUACUUAUCGUUAAUGGCGUUUUUGCUUAUCAAUGCACAAGCACCUUUUCCCCCACCUAUCGAUAAAAUAAUGUUAUAAAGUCUAAAAUAGACGCUGUAAAAACAAUAAUUAAAAUAAUGAAUACCCAUGUGAGCAAAUGAUUACUUUCCAGACAGACAUUAUUUUCAUCAUAGGUAGUACUCUUGUAUAGUGAAUGCAUAUGACAUUUUAUUUUAUCUGUAUUUUUUUGUAAAUAAAUUGAUCAUUUGUAUUAAAAAUGUGUUUAUGUGUAUCUGUUGGAUUUCUUCUGGAAGAAUUGGUGGAACAAUAUACUUUAGUUUAUCCUAGCACAACUGGUGGAACAAUAUACUUUAGUUUAUCCUAGACCUUAAUGACAUGUCCCACCCCCCCACCCCACAUUCUGAAAUUGCAUUUUUGUCCCCCCCCCGUUUUAUCAUUGGAAUGUGAUACAAAACGAGGCAACGGUGAGCUUAAGGACCCUGCGGACGCCUCCGAGCUAAAAUAUGCCCCCCCCACUUCUAAAACCAAAGUUGCGCCCCUGAUGUGGAUUAUAAUUAAUUAAUUUCUAGGGGUUGAUACAUUUUUCGUUAGGGCAAAUCAAGUCUGACAUUUCAAAGUGUAAAUUACAAACUUUAGAAGCCUUUUAAAAGCUCAUACACUACAAGUAUGCAUUUCCUGCUGUCCACCAGGCUACAUGCCUCGCCCUUAAACAUCUAAACUCUUGUCUUUCAUUUGCUUGGCUUCAGCACCCACCGCAAUCAUGAGCAACAAUGUAAGUAGAAAUAAAUAAUAAAAUGACAAUAUUAAUCAUCUUAACAUGAUUAUUAAUACCAUAUUAUUAAAUUAGUUUGUUAAAGAUAUAUUUAUUUUCUAUUUACAGGGGCAGUCACACCUAGAAAACGGU